AUGGCGAUCUCACAUCUGGUGCGUCGCGCCGACGAGGCCUUCGUCCAGAGCGGCGUCAUCGAGCCCUCGUUGCCAGACUCCCCCUGGCGCAUCUUGCUCUUUAUCUUUUCGGUUGUAGGGUUUGGUUUCGCCAUUUUCGUUAUCAAUUACACUUAUGGUGCACUAGUUCCAACUCUCGCUAUCGUCGAGGACUCUGACUCAGAUUUGCUUCUCCGCGUCGAUAAUGACCCUGCCAACAAGCAGCCUGGAGACCCGACGGCCCAAGACAUGGGCGUCGAAGGCGUCGCCGCUAAGCCCAUCACCAGCAAGCUGCGCACAACCGUCCGCCAUCUCCGUGCUCGCGGUGGCCGUCUCGCUAUUUUCCGUGGGUUCGGCAUGGCCAUGCUUGGUGGCUUCAUCGGAAUGGUCCCUUCGUUCCGGGUGCAGUAUUCGGUCGUCUGGCUACUCGUUGCUAAGCUUAUCACCGCUGUUCUGGUGGCCAAUAUCCAUGUCGCGUGGGUGCAUAUCGUGAUCUCUGAGCCCUCUUCCAAGAGCUUUUACAGGCGUAUUCCAAGCUUCCGGUCUCUGCCUAAAGUUUUCCCUGCAUUCGCUUUGAUGUACGUUGGCAGUUCUACUGUUGCCGCUACGAUUACCUUCCUCGGCCUACUAAUCGCCGGAACCGAAAACGACACGCCCGUUGACUUCACCAAGGGUGUUCGCGAGUCAGACUUUAUAAUAUACACCAUCGCUCUCUUAGUUGGCUUCCUCGUCUCUGUUCCCGCCGAAGUUAUUUUCACUCGUGUGGCAGCCUCGACGCUUCCCGAAGAGGAUGAGUCUAUCGUCCCGUUUGACCGCAGCUUCGGCGGAAAGGUCGCUCCAGCCGUCACUGGUGGCGGUGUAUUGAGCAUCGCCGACGCAUGGAACACCUUUGACCGUGAUGGCUGGAAGCGUUACAUCAAGGCUACUGUGAAGGCCUGGCUUAUGCAAGUCGCCGCCAUCGUCCUGUUCUCGGUCUUGAUCGUUGCCCAGUCUGUUGUUCAGAUUCGAAAGGAGGGCAGCGACAAGUCCUAG